AUGGGCAAGAAGAAACUCGACGGCACCGUCCCUCGAUACGACCGCCACAUCUUGCUCUGCUACCAGAAUUCCGAGGCGUGGCCGCCUUGGUUCCACAAAUCUAAACUCGAUACAUUUCUCAAGCUGUUUAUCAACCAUGUUUCUCAUUUCGAAUUCACGAAAUUCUGGCAGACCAUGGUUACAAUAUGCGAGUCGAUUGAGGGGACGGGAUAUGACGAAGGAGAUGUUCUCAUCUUCCCUGAUAUGAUCAAGUACAAGCGAUUGAAGGACUCAUAUAUUGGUGAGUUCAUUGACGAUGUGCUUGUGAAAGAUGUACCAUGGGCGUCUGGAGUGCAAGAGAAGUUGACAGGCUGUCACAUCUUUGUAUGUGCUCAUGGGAGUCUUCAUGAGAUAUACCGUCUUUGUGCCCCGAUUCUUAUUGAGAAGCUCAAUGAGGUCGUCGAGGCUCGAGGGUUGCAGGGUCAGGUGUACGUCAGUGGUUGCUCAGACGUUUAUGGCCCCGAGUAUGCUCCAAACUUGAUUGUAUACAGAUCAGACUCAGAGGGGAGAGUUACCGGUCACUGGUACGGCCAUGUUACUCCACGCGACGUGCCUUACCUUCUGGUUUACCAUUUUGGGAAAGGAGAGGUGAUACUACAUAAACUGAGGUUUGUGAUCUUGUGCCUGGGUCUCUGUUCUUUGCAUUUUACUUUUUGCUUGCUCAGCAUAUGGUAA